ACUAACCAACCAAACCAGUCAAGUCACCUUUUAUCAUCUCUCUAUCUCAUCCUCCUCCAUUUCUCUCCGGCCUUUCUCUGUAUUUGCUGGAGAAAGAGAUAGAGAGCAAUGGAAGCUGCGAUACAAACCAGAGGACUUCUCUCCUUACCCGCCAAACCCAUCGGAGUGAGAAGCCUUCUCCAGCCUUCCCAUGGGUUCAAGCAGAGACUUUUCGCCGCCAAGCCAAGAAACAUUCCUGGGCUGUCCCUCUCCUUUAACGCGCACAAGAAAGUUCAAACCUUUGAGCCAAUCCCUCACGGGAUUUCAAUUUCCCACAGAGAGAGAAGCACCGAGUUCAUAUGCAAGGCGGCGGCCGGCGACGGCGACUCUGAAGCAAUUGCAGCGUCGCCGAAGCUUCUGGGUGUGGAGGUUACAACCUUGAAAAAGAUUAUCCCUUUAGGGUUGAUGUUCUUCUGUAUUCUUUUCAAUUACACAAUUUUAAGGGACACAAAGGACGUCUUGGUGGUGACGGCCAAAGGGAGUUCUGCUGAGAUUAUACCUUUCUUGAAGACAUGGGUGAAUCUUCCUAUGGCCAUUGGCUUUAUGCUCCUCUACACCAAACUCUCCAAUGUUCUCUCCAAGAAGGCUCUGUUUUACACCGUUAUCAUUCCUUUCAUCGUCUACUUUGGGGCCUUUGGUUUCGUGAUGUACCCUCUCAGCAACUAUAUCCACCCGGAAGCUCUCGCAGAUAAGCUUCUUGCAACCCUCGGCCCAAGAUUCAUGGGUCCUCUUGCAAUCUUGCGGAUUUGGAGUUUCUGUUUGUUUUAUGUCAUGGCUGAGCUUUGGGGUAGUGUCGUGAUCUCUGUUCUCUUCUGGGGCUUUGCUAAUCAGAUCACAACAGUGGAUGAAGCCAAGAAAUUUUACCCUUUGUUCGGUCUUGGAGCCAAUGUUGCGCUGAUUUUCUCAGGAAGAACUGUGAAAUACUUCUCUAACUUGAGAAAGAAUCUUGGUCCUGGAGUUGACGGCUGGGCAGUUUCGUUGAAAGCCAUGAUGAGCAUUGUGGUGGGAAUGGGACUAGCGAUCUGUUUCCUCUAUUGGUGGGUCAAUAGAUAUGUUCCUCUUCCAACCCGUAGCAAGAAGAAGAAGGAGAAACCAAAGAUGGGAACGAUGGAAAGCUUGAAGUUCUUGGUGUCAUCACCAUACAUUAGGGAUCUUGCAACUUUAGUGGUGGCAUAUGGUAUUAGUAUCAACCUUGUGGAAGUUACAUGGAAAUCAAAGCUUAAAGCUCAGUUCCCUAGUCCAAACGAGUACUCAGCAUUUAUGGGAGACUUCUCAACCUGCACGGGCAUUGCAACAUUCACAAUGAUGCUUCUCAGCCAAUACGUAUUCGACAAGUAUGGUUGGGGAGUAGCUGCAAAGAUCACCCCAACUGUUCUGCUAUUGACCGGUGUUGCGUUCUUCUCUCUGAUAUUGUUUGGCGGCCCAUUCGCACCACUUGUUGCCAAGCUUGGAAUGACACCACUACUCGCAGCUGUCUAUGUUGGUGCCCUUCAGAAUAUCUUCAGCAAGAGUGCCAAGUACAGCUUGUUUGAUCCUUGCAAAGAAAUGGCGUAUAUCCCAUUGGAUGAGGACACCAAGGUUAAAGGCAAAGCUGCAAUCGACGUGGUCUGCAACCCAUUAGGGAAAUCAGGAGGAGCUCUAAUACAGCAGUUCAUGAUCUUAUCGUUUGGAUCACUAGCGAAUUCAACGCCAUAUCUAGGAAUGAUAUUGUUGGUAAUUGUGGGUGCGUGGUUAGCUGCGGCAAAGUCGCUGGAGGGACAGUUCAACAGCUUGCGGUCUGAAGAAGAGCUUGAGAAGGAAAUGGAGAGAGCUUCAUCAGUGAAGAUCCCUGUUGUGUCUCAAGACGAAAGCGGGAAUGGUUCCCUAGGAGAAUCUCCAAGCAGUUCACCAGAGAAGUCUGCUCCAACCAACAUGUAGAAAGGGUUUAGGGGAAACGAAAGAAGGAUGAAUCACAAAAAUAAGAUCUCGAGAGUGAGAAAGAUCAAUCUCUCUCUCUCUCAAACAAUCCCCCUUUUGCCACGACCACUCUGUCUUUAGUCUCUGUUAGCUUUUUUGAACAUUCUUUUCAGUUCAUUGUGGUAUUACGUUCCCUUAUAAACCUUUGGGCUGUGUUGUGUUGUUAUUAAGUAACAUGAAUAAGUUAGAUUUAGUUCUGAUAUGUAUUGAGCUGUGAAACCACUAAUCAACUUUGUGCUUAA